ACCCUCUCCAUAAUCGUAACUGACAUGUUGCUGCUGCUGCAAUUCUUCUUAUUGUCUCCUCCCUCGCCACCGCUCCAUUCCUACCAUCCCUAUCCCCUACUCAUAAAUCCACCCACUGCCUUCCAAUCCUUUUCCCUACAACCUGUUUGAUAAAAUUCCUCAACCAACCUCUAACUCUAACCCUGCUGGGUUCCUGUAGAAUCACAACCUGUGGCUGCAAGCAUUCCCAUAAAUUCACACAUUAUCCUUACGUAGAUUAGAUGCUGCCCAUCAAUAUACAUCAUCAAGAUUUUACUGCAUAAUCUUUGAUACAUGGUGGAACAAGUUUCAACCAUUUUGGUUUCAAAUUUCUUUUGCAAAGUGGACUUCAAUAGUUGAAAGAGCAAAAGAUGGACCAAAAAACAUGGAUUCGGAUGAAAAAAUCAUUGGAGAAAUCGAUUCCUAUGAAUGAUGAAGCUGAAAUUUCUGUAAAAGGAAAUGAAGAAGAGAAGUUUCCCUACGAAAAAAAAGCAGCUUUAGAGGAAACAGUAAAAAACCUCCAUGAACAGGUAGCUUGUCUUCUGUGCGAGUGUAAUGUUAAAGAUAAACUAAUGGCGGAACAUGUGAAAACAGCACAAAAAGCCAACACAGGCAGGGAAAAGGCGGAAGCAGAAGUGGUUAAAUGGAAACGAGAACUAGAAGGUAUGUUACAGCAGAAAGUGGCUGCAAACGAGAGGUUGGUUCGCUUAAAUGCUGCAUUAAAGAAUUGCAGGCAGCAGUUGAGUUCUUCAAAAGUAGAGCAUGAUCGAAGGGUAAAUAUUGAGAGGGAACAUAAGAGAUUAGAGUCGAAAUACACAGAAGCAAGGAAAAAACUUGCAAAUCUAACAGUUGAGAAUGCCCGGCUUACUAAAGCCCUUGUUAAGAAAGAGGAAAUAAUAGAAGAUGUAAAUAAUCAAAUGUCUGAAGCAACUGCAGAGUUCAAUGCACUAAUUUCGAGACUGGAUUUCACUGAAAGAGGAAACGACGUUUUGAAAUAUGAGUAUCGUGUUCUUGAGAGAGAGCUCAAGAUGAGAAACCGUCGUGCUGACGUGGCAAAGAGGCAACAUCAAGAAAGUGCAAAGAAUGUGGCAAAGCUAGAAGCUGAACGCCAGAAGCUGCGAUUGUUAGUGAGGAGGCGGAUCCCGGGGCAUGCAAAGACGAAGCCGAGCAACCAUCCUAAAGCCGUCGAUAAAAGAAAGAGUGUGAUGAUAAAGCGAUUAUGUGAGGUGGAAGAAGAGAACAAGAUUCUCAAAGAAAGUGAAUCUAAGAGAGAGAAGGAAAUCCGCCUUUUGAAAGCAGAACUUACUCGGAAGAGGUGUGGUGAACAGAAUAUUGGUAUAGCAAUGCAACAUGAAAUGAUUAGAAAUUCGGGUGUGAACCUAAAUGAGAAGGAGAAAGAAGAAUUAGUUUCUGUUGAUGCACAUUCUUCAGACAAAGAUAAUCUUGAUAUGGCGGGAAAGAAACUAGUUCCACAAUCACUAGAUGACGCCUUCAAUUCAUCUGAGAAAGACUACGAUUGGCUUCAGCAUGUUCUGUUAGAGACUUUGGAGCAUACCCAUGAUUCAAAAAGAAGCUUUGAUGAAGUGUUGGAAGACAUCAGAAUAGCUUUUCAACAUAGAUAUCAUGCAAGCUUGAUAGAACAGAGACGAGGACCGAUCAACAAGUUGGAUGAGGUGAACGAUGUGCACAAAGAUCUGGAGGCAAAGCUUUUGGAAUCAGAAAACAGAAUUGUCGAUCUGAAAACUGAACUUAAACGCCUGAAAGAAUCGAAGAGGAUGACCGAGGAUCACUUUGAAAAUCUGAAAUUAAUUAAUGUUGAUCUUGAUCAUCAACUUUUUGCUGCCAAGCUUCAAAUAAAAGAAGCUCUUCGGAAGGUAUCUUUUCUAGAAAUGGAAUUGGAGGAUAGAAGUCAUCACUUUGAAGGACUGGAAGCAGCAUGUCUCGAGCUACAACUCCAACUAGCCAGAUAUGUUAUGCACAGUGUUUCCCAUAAGGAUGUGGUAUCAGAAGAUUUUGAGCAAGAAGGGAAGUCGCUUCAGACUGGAUUGCAGAUUACAGCGGAGAUGACUAAUAACAAAAAAUCGAGCCAGCAUACUUCUUUGCGUGAUCGUAUGGCUGCAGAUGAUGGCAUUGACACGGAGGAUCUUCUAAACUCCUCCAUGAUCAAAGAAAUCAUAACCACUAAAGAAACAAAAGAACCAACCAUCCCACGUCACAACACUUGCAAUACCUCAUAUGGAGUUAAAAAUGUCAUACCUCGGGCUUUGUCUGUUGUACCAAGUAAGCAGCGCCGUAAAGGUAUCGAGUUGCUGAGGAAGCUUCUGUAUAGAAGGAAGAGGGGAGGCAACAAGAAGAAGCUGCUUACAUUUGCUACAAAUCGUGCAGAUUUAAUAAGAAACAAAGAUGGGAUUUGAGGUUAGUGUUGUGAAUAAUUUUGUGCAUCUUGGAUUGUUGUUUCUAAAUGAUAGUCUUGAUUCCAAGUUUUGCCAUAGAGAUUGAUAGCUUCUGCUCAUGUCUUUUUAUAAAAAAACUAUUAGCAUUUGUACAAAAUGAGAUUCAAACCUGUGAUCUUGUACAAACAUCAGCAAAUCAAAACGAUAAUUUCUACCUGAUAUUGAGAUCUUCAUUUUUACCCAGAA